UGCCACUCCGCCUCUCCCCACCCGCCGUCCCUUCGUUCUGCCCCUUCCUCCUUCCUUUUUCCUCCUUCCCCUCUUCGCCGCCGCCCAGGACCGCCGGCCGGGGGACGAGCCCGGGGCAGCAGCCAGGAGUUUCCUAACCACUUAACCUCUCAGAACUGAACCAAAACGACAUUGUUGCUGAAGCACUUGUUUUUAAGGUAGAACUUUAGACUUCAUAGCACUGAAUUAACCUGCACUGAAAGCUGUUUACCUGCAGUUGUUCACUUUUGUUGAAAGUGACCAUGUCUCAAGUUCAAGUGCAAGUUCAGAACCCAUCUGCUGCUCUCUCAGGGAGCCAAAUACUGAACAAGAACCAGUCUCUUCUCUCACAGCCUUUGAUGAGUAUUCCUUCUACUGCUAGCUCUCUGCCCUCUGAAAAUGCAGGUAGACCUAUUCAAAACUCUGCUUUACCCUCUGCAUCUGUUACAUCCACCAGUGCAGCUGCAGUUCCUUCUAACAUGGCACACCCUAAAGAGAAAACCCCAAUGUGUCUUGUGAAUGAGUUAGCCCGUUUCAACAAGAUUCAGCCUGAGUAUAAGCUUUUGCGUGAGCAAGGUCCAGCUCACUGUAAGGUGUUUACAGUGCAGCUCACACUUGGCGAUCAGCACUGGGAAGCUGAAGGAACUAGUAUUAAAAAAGCCCAACACACAGCUGCUGCCAAAGCUUUGGAAGGAACAAAAUUUCCUAAACCUAUAGUCCGCCCUUUUCGUAGCGAAGGAAGAAAUCCAGAAAGCUUAACGCCUACUGUAGAACUAAAUGCACUGUGCAUGAAACUUGGGAAAAAACCAAUGUAUAAGCCUGUCGACCCUUACUCUCGGAUGCAGUCCACCUAUAACUACAACAUGAGAGGAGGUGCUUAUCCCCCAAGGUACUUUUACCCAUUUCCAGUCCCACCUUUACUUUAUCAAGUUGAACUUUCUGUGGGAGGACAGCAAUUUAAUGGGAAGGGAAAGACGAGACAGGCUGCGAAGCACGAUGCUGCUGCGAAAGCCCUGAGGAUCCUGCAGAGUGAGCCCCCCGCCGAGAGGCUGGAGGUAAAUGGAAGAGAGUCAGAAGAAGAAAAUCUCAAUAAAUCUGAAAUAAGUCAAGUGUUUGAGAUUGCACUUAAACGGAACUUGCCUGUGAAUUUUGAGUCUUUCCCUCCAAAACAGGUUGCCCGGGAGAGCGGCCCACCCCACAUGAAGAGCUUUGUGACCAGGGUGUCGGUUGGGGAGUUUGUGGGGGAAGGUGAAGGGAAGAGCAAGAAGAUUUCAAAGAAAAACGCUGCUAUAGCUGUUCUCGAGGAGCUGAAGAAGUUACCACCCCUGCCUACAGUGGAGCGGGUGAAGCCUAGAAUCAAAAAGAAAACAAAAUCCAUAGUCAGGCUACAGAGCGGCCCCGACUAUGGCCAGGGGAUGAACCCGAUCAGCAGGCUGGCCCAGAUCCAGCAGGCGAAGAAGGAGAAGGAGCCGGAGUACGUGCUGCUCGCCGAGCGGGGCCUCCCACGACGCAGGGAGUUUGUCAUGCAGGUGAAGGUGGGAAACCACGCGGCAGAGGGCUCAGGCACCAACAAGAAAGUGGCCAAACGCAACGCAGCCGAAAACAUGCUGGAGAUCCUCGGUUUCAAAGUCCCACAGUCUCAGCCCUCCAAACCAGCCCUCAAGUCGGAGGAGAAGACACCUAUAAAGAAACCAGGGGAUGGAAGAAAAGUAACCUUUUUUGAACCUGGCUCUGGGGAUGAAAAUGGGACUAGCAGUAAAGAGGAUGAGUUUAGGAUGCCUUACCUUAGUCAUCAGCAGCUGCCUGCUGGGAUCCUCCCCAUGGUGCCCGAGGUUGCCCAGGCAGUGGGAGUCAGUCAAGGACACCACACCAAAGAUUUCGCCAGGGUAGCUCCGAACCCUGCCAAGGCCACGGUAACUGCCAUGAUAGCCCGAGAACUCUUGUAUGGGGGCACCUCGCCUACAGCCGAGACCGUUUUAAAGAGUAACGUCUCUUCAGGCCACGCGCCCCACGGACCUCUGACGAGACCCUCUGAGCAGCUGGACUACCUCUCCACAGUCCAGGGCUUCCAGGUUGAAUACAAAGACUUCCCCAAAAACAACAAGAACGAAUUUGUAUCUCUUAUCAACUGCUCCUCUCAGCCGCCCCUGAUCAGCCACGGUAUCGGGAAGGACGUGGAGUCCUGCCACGACAUGGCUGCACUGAACAUUUUAAAGUUGCUGUCUGAGUUGGACCAACAGAAUACAGAGAUGCCAAGGACAGGAAAUGGACCAAUGUCUGUGUGUGGGAGGUGCUGAACUUUACCUGGCCAUGAAUCAUUGAAAAAUCCCAACAUAUAUACUGAAAAUGCUGAAACUGCUUUGAAAAUUUGGAAUUUCUGAUACCUCCAGUGGGCCGAGAGACACGAUGGGUAAAGGCCUGGAGACGGCAGUGGUGAAGACGGCGGGACCCGAGGAGGUGGGGGCUGGGCGGCUCACAGCCACCCCGGCUCCCUUGGGAAACCGCAGGCCCGUGCCCCAGGCACCUGAGUGUUGGUUUUGGUGGGGUUCUUUUGUUUGUUUGUUUUGGGUGUUUUUUAUUUUUUUCUUGCCGUGCGAAAGAAGCAGCAGAAGACACGCCCCUUCUCAGACUGGCUCACUCAGAACACUUGGGGAAACCCUGGACACCGCGCUGCGAGGCCUCCGCCUGCUCCCGGGCUGGGAGCACUGGAGAAAAUCACACACGCUUCCUGCCGGGCCGGAGCUGAGCUGCUCGGCGCACUCCGGCCACACCUCCUGCGGUACCCACACACCACUGCUCUCUGCCAGAAGAGAGAUGUAUUCUUAGUUUCAUUAGUUUCUUUUGAUUGAAAUGACACUAUAUAAAUUUUCAUUUGAGAGUUUCUCAAUUGUAUCUAGUUACAUAGCACAGUUUAGAAACUUGUCUAAGACUGACUUUAUCAGUAAUCUAACCGGCAAAGAUCAUAUCCAUGUGUAUGUGGUUAUACAUUUUUAUUUCAUUGGACUUAAGCCAGGACCAUUUCAGUGAUGCAAAUUGUGUGCCGUCUGGUUUAGCUGAAACAGUCCUGGCCUUGACGAAGUCUCCCACAGUGGUAUAAAUUGGACAACUUAGGAAUUUUAAACUUUAACCGAUCAUUUGGUUCCUUUUCUAUUUUAUUUUUCAUUAAUGCACCAGGAUUUAAAUGAACUUUGAUCUUUGUUUUAAAGAUUAUUAAAUUGUGUGUAUAUAAUACAACUCUUGAGGACACAUAGCUCUCACUACACUACAGGAUAUGGUCUCCAUGUAGCACAUAUACAACUGCAGAUUGAUUUUCCUUGAGUGCUUUAUACUGUUGAUUACAUCUCCAUGGAGGGCUGAAAAGAACGACCCGUUUCUCUCUGUAACUCUGUUGCUUCUGAUGUCGUGUUGCUCUGCACAGACAUGAGCGCGGUGAGGCCCCGCGCAACGGCCCAGACAAGCACGGCAGCCUUGCGAGUUAAGUACUGCUUGGAUUCAUUGUUUACGCUGGAAUUUUUUCUCCCCAUGGAAUGUAAGUAAAACUUAGUGUUUGUCACCAAUAAAUGGUAAUACUAAAUUUUUUUUUUUUUUGUUAAUUUAUUCUCAAAUGCCACUACUACUAGGUUGGUCCCUCCCAACCUGCCCCCAAUCCCUUGUUUAUUUUUAAGAGAAAAACUUUGUAAUGCUUGUGAUUCCAUUUGGGCAAAAUUCUGAAGAUCUGAAAUAACUUUAUAUCAAAACCAUUGAUCAAUAAACAGCUACUAAUGAA